UCAUAGUAACUCCUUUAAAACAGAGUGGAGAGACACCACCCUCGCGUACCACCGAGGAAACUUAAACCACCAGCAGGUCACUCCCCUUCACUACGGCUCUGCGCUCCGGCACAGCAGCACCGCAGCCCCGCACGCUCCUGCUUCCACAGGUGCCAGCACCGGCCCCAGCCCACCCGAGCUCUCUGCACUAGCGACACCACCUAGGAAGGACGCCAAGAUGUUGGUGCUACUGGCUGGUAUCUUUGUGGUUCACAUCGCCACCGUCAUCAUGCUCUUCGUCUCCACCAUUGCCAACGUUUGGAUGGUGGGUACCACCACCAUGGGAAAAGGCUCGUGGGGACUCUGGCUAAUGUGCAAUGGCACCUGCAGGCAGCUGACAGUCGGCAGCAGCGAAGCGGCUUCCCUCAAAGCAGCACAAGCCUUUAUGAUCCUCUCAAUCAUUUUCUCCGUCAUCGCACUUGUCAUGUUCAUUGUCCAGCUGUUCACCCUAGAGAAAGGCAAACGUUUCUACAUCACUGGAGCCAUCAUGCUGGUUUGCUGGUUGUGCAUUCUGAUUGGAGCCUCCAUUUUCACAGCUCGGUUCACAGGCUUGCGGUUAGGGUUCGGAAAUGUUCACCACGGCUACAGCUUCAUAUUGGCCUGGAUCUGCUUUUGCUUCAGUUUCAUCAUCGGCAUCCUCUACCUUGUUCUUAGGAAAAAAUAAGGCUGAUGGGAGUACUGGGGAGAGGGUUGGCUGCUGGAGACAGGGAAGAAUUGCUCUGCUGAGAGAACUGUUGGGCCAAUAGAAAAAAAAAAAAAAAAAGAAAAAAGAAAGAAACAGCCACCAUCAUCACUUCUGCCACCACUACAGAAAGAUACCUAACAAAACUAGAAUCCUCAGAAACUCAUUCACCAAACAGAGGGAAAAACAGCUCCAACUGAUCUCUCACUCCUGGGGCUGCUGCACCAGAAAUCUGCAAGUGACCCAGACAGCUGUUCCCCUUUUCUGCAAAGUUAUGCGAUACCUUCGCAAACAUUCAAGUCCAGCAGUGAUGACUGAAGAGCACCACAAAAACAAAGGCUACAUCUUUUUCCCUGUCUAGAGCCCUUCCCACUUACCUUUCAGUGUGCCUUGUGGGUUGGGCAAUGAGGCUUAUGACUCCUUUUUUUGUCUAUUGAAACAAAUGGUAUGGGCCUUUUGUUACAGUUAUAUAUAUAUAUAUAUAUAUAUGCACAUAUAAGAAGGUUAAAGACAUUAAAUUGAGAAACAACCCAAUAGAAAUCAGAUUAAAUUAGUAUUAAAAAUGCUACAUGAACACUGCAGCAAUAUUUUUUUUCUGUUCUGUUUCCUAUCUGAUAUUCCCACAGUUGAAUCAAAUACAGCUAGGAAGGGCAAAUAUACAGGCAUGGAUGACGGAUAGAGAGAGAGAAAAAGAGGAGGGGGGGGGGAAGGUACGUAGGGGUUCCUAAUUACAGAGGAUGCAGUUGCUCAAUGAUGCAUAUGCAGGGAGGGAAUCAUUUGAGUGUGUGUCUACAUUUAAAUCUUCUAUUUAGCUCUAGAACAUAGCAACAACACUGGAACAUCACUUUUUUUUCUUUUAAGUCCUUAUCUGUAGGCAGGUGUUUUUUUUUUUUGUUUGUUUUGUUUUUCCACAUUGUCAUCCAGGACAUAGUAUUAAUUGAGAGCCCCAAGUUGUGACAAAACUUGUCACAAAAAGCAGAUGCUGUUAGCAGAGGAAAGGUAUUCCCUAAUGAGAGACUUGGAGAGAUGAGACAGGACUUGUGUGUUCUGCUCCUUGCUGCACAAUCUUAGGCCAGUCACAAACCGGUGCUUUUCCAUCUGCCUAUACCUACCUCCCAGGGUUGCUGAGAUAUUUUGAGUCCACUCUGUAAUACAAGGUCCCCAUGUGAAAAGCUGGCAUGGGUAAGUCAGGCAUUGUUACUGCUGCAACCCACACAUUUCUGUCAGUUUGAAGAAUCUCAGUUGCAAGCUGACUUUAUAAGGGACAAGAGGUCAAAACUUCCUGUGACUCCAUCCAUACCUAAAAGGCAGAGUAUCUAAAAAUGUAUAGGUGCAGAUUGUGCAUGGACCCUGUUUACCUCUCCCCACCCCCUACCUCCACCCCCCCCUUCUGUUACAUUUUCUUCUUAUGUAGACUUUAUCAAUUUGGUGGAUAUAUUCUAUUACUGUACGUUGCCGUUUCAUUAACAAAGGUUAUUUCAUAUAUAGUCACUGUAAAUACUUUGAAAUGCAUAUUUUAACUUUAAGGGUAUAAAAAUAAAAAAUCUGAUUCCCUUUAUAAUAAAGAGUUUUGCUUUGGUG